AGACUGUGAAUGUGAGAACAGUUGAAGUUUUCUUUUCAUCAACUUUUCUACAGUUUCCUGUUUCUGCUCAUCACCACUUUUGUUACACUGAACAACAUUUAUGUAAGUAAUAAAAAAUAAUAUUAUAAAAUAUAUUUUAUGUGUUGUGAUGCUAUGUAAAACUAUUUACAUGAAAUUAAAAUCUUAUCAUUUAUUUUAGCAGCUAACAUGGCUAGUUCUGAAGAUCUUUCUUGGGAGAUGGAAGAAGUUAAAAAGGCGAUGCAAAAUGGAGAUCUUGUUUUGGCAGCUGCCAAGGCCAAAAAUGUCUUAGAAAAAAAGGAGAACAUAACCAUUACCAUUGCAAUCACAGGAGAAACUGGCUCUGGUAAAUCAACAUUAGUGAACGCUUUAAGAGGCGUCAGUGAUGAUGAUGAAGCAGCAGCUCCUGUCGGUGAAGUAGAAACAACAAUGGAACCAAAACAAUACAGUUACCCCAACAAUCCCAAAAUUACAAUGUGGGAUCUUCCUGGAAUUGGCACCAGUAAAUUUCCUGCUGAUCAGUAUCUGAAGAAAAUGGGUUUUGAAAAGUUUGAUUUCUUCAUUAUCGUCUCUGACACUUGCUUCAGAGAAAACGACGUCAAACUUGCAAAGGAAAUUCAAAAGAUGAAGAAAAAGUUUUACUUCAUUCGUUCAAAAAUCGACAACAAUAUUAGUGCUGCAGAAAGACGCAAGAAGAACAAAGAUCAAACCCUUCAGGAAAUCAGAGACAAGUGCAUUCAAAAUCUUAAAAAGCAGAACAUUAAGUCUCCAGAGGUUUUUCUGGUGUCUGCUCAUGAGCGUCAUUCAUACGACUUCCCUUUGCUUCAUGAGACCCUCCAGAAGAACCUGCCCGAGCUCCAAAGAGACGCUCUUCUCUUGGCUCUGCCCAACAUCAGCCUGGACGUCAUCAACAAGAAGAAAGAAGAACUACAAAAACAAAUUCUGUUAAAUGCAGUAAUGUCUGCUGCAGGAGCAGCUGUACCAAUCCCUGGUUUAUCUGCUGCGGUCGAUGUCGGGAUCAUUAUGUCAUUCACUACACAGUGUCAGAAUUCUUUUGGUCUUAGUGCUGCUGCACUACAAAACCUCUCACGUUUGUCUGAUGUGCCUCUGGAGGAGUUAAUGAAAGGGUUGAAAUCUCCAUUGGCUGGAAAACAAAUAACCAAAGAACUUAUAAUCAAGGUUUUAACCUCCUCUGCAGUAUACAUAUUAUCAACAGCAGCAGAAGAAGUGAUCAGAUUCAUCCCAUUUGUUGGCACAGCAGUAGCAGUGGGUUUGUCUUACACAACAACCUCAAAGCUUCUGAACUACAUUCUCAACACUCUGUCUGAGGAUGCACAAACUGUUUUCACCAGAGCCUUAAGAGAGUGACUGCAACACAGAAAGUCUCUGAAUAAAUAAAUAAAUGUGUGAUUUAAUAUUACUUACAGUUCUUUUUAUUAUAAGAAUUUCUAUUUUAUUUUGUAGACUUUGCAUUUGAUUUAGAUUUUAUAUCCUGAAAUGUAACAUGAAUGACUGUGUGAUUUCAUUUCUGUUAAAGAAGCAGUGAUAAACAAACAUAAUUAUCUUAUAAAACAGUGGACUCAGUGUAACAUGUUCAUGAUAAACUCAUCAGACUCUCAAGUCUUUGUUUUCUGUCUAAACAACAAUAAACACAUAAUAAGAA